AAAACCUGCCCAAGGACUGCUUCCUACUAUUUACCCCGGCGGAGACCCAGCACCCCGGUUGAGCAGUUCCAGGGCCUUACCACAAUCCUAGUCCAGAUGGCAUCUCGUCCGGGGGGACCACCUACAGGCGCCAGCAACGUGACACCAAACGGCACCAGUUCUAACUCCGCAACUAAUCCUAAGAUGAGGAAGAGGACCAAGACAGGCUGCCUGACCUGUCGAAAACGUCGCAUCAAAUGUGGUGAAGAGAGGCCGACAUGUGCCAACUGCAUCAAAUCGAAGCGACAGUGUGAAGGCUACAACCAGCGCGUCAUCUUCAAGCCACCGAUUGGGGACUGGCCAAACCAUCCUGGCGCUGUGAGCACACUUCAGUAUCACAGUUCGAUGCUUCCCGGAGCCCGACGUUAUGCGCCGCCUCAACCGACGACCCAAUCUCAGGACGGCCCGUUGGCAUCGAUACAACCGCGGCCCAUGCAUUUCGACUUCUCAAACGUUGAGACUGGGCCCAUCCCCGGCCUUGACGGGCAACAUGUGCUUGUUGGAAGCCAGUCGCCGUAUGGGCACGACCCAAACUACCAGCAGCCUCUACACUCCCCGCACUACCAACAGCCUUUGCACUCGCCGCAUCACCAGCUUCCAACUCCAACUAGCGCAACUUCCUACUUUCCGUCAUCUCAGCCCUCUCCAAUACAUGGGAACUUCCCAGGACACUAUGCGAAUGAAGGAAAUAUCGGUUACCAAGCACAACAGCAAUACCCUCAGGGAGAACCUCAUCAUCACAUUCCAGUUUCUUAUGAUACCCACGUCGACCAAAAGCCUACCGUUUCUGUUUCUGAAUCUCACUAUCCUUCUGUUUCCCAAGCUUCUCAAGAGCAGGUUAUAUACCAGCAGCCGCAGCGGCCAACCAGCAUGGCCGAGGAGCAGAACCACUACGUUCUGCCUUCGAAUGCCCCCCCACGAGCUGAGGAGUACCCUCACUACGUGGAGUCUCGGCCGCCUUUGACUCAUAUGGGCAGCAAUCCUCGAGUCGCACAUUCGCAGCCUAGCCCUGUGAACCUGAGUCACGCGCGUCCGUAUGCGCUGCCACCCACUAUCUCACUUUCUGAUUCUAUUCGUCCCAGUUAUCAGACUGUUCCUGUUCAGAUACACCAACAUGAUGUAAACUCCGAUGUAAAAUAUGUGCCGCAGCAUGCUGUACUUGAACAACCCGUCGCCGAACCGCAGGCCACGCAAUCCUUUCAAUGGCAACUCCUUAUGUCAGGGUUCGGGGGUGACGACCAUGUCAGCCCUACCCAAGUCCUUGAUGAAGCAGCUGUUGAAUACGUGGAUGAUGAAUACUUCGACGUAGAACCUGAUGAGGAGAUGCCGGAUGAAGAGGAAGGGCAGGAUGAAGACGCGAUGGUGUUAAGCCGAGACUUUAGUCUCAUGCAACAGCUUCAUCACGAGAAUAAUAACGAGCUCGCUCCUCGAAGCUAUGAUAACUUCCUAUUCGAAGGAUUCCUGACGCAUUACUGUGCUGAGAAUGUCGCCAAUCCGCUCAAGAACCCCAAGACUGCUAGAGUAUUCGCGCACUUCGUCCACGCCACCGGUCCCAGUCUCUCAAUCUACGAGCGCAAUCCACGAAAUCCUAAUUCGAUAUUCGAGGCCCCGACUCCACCACCUCACCAAAGUCUAUGGACUUACAUACUCCCUAUGAAGGCGUUAAAUCACCAAGGGCUGCUGCAUGCCAUGCUAGCGCUCUCCAGCCUACACAUCGCAAGACUCCAAGGAGCCUCAGCCACACCGUCAUACAGACAUUAUGCUUACGCCCUGAAACGCCUGACGGGAUAUCUCGGAGACACUAAGAAGCGCCUUCAGAUUCCCACGCUCGCAACCUCACUACUUCUGGCUUUCUACGAAGUUAUGACGGCAGAGCAUGUUAAGUGGUCGACCCACUUAGUCGGCGCGGCACAUCUCCUCCGCGAGCUCGACUUCCGAACUCUCACUCAGGAAGCAAGACGUCUAAAAACAGAACAGAUGGCGCAAGAGCAACAAUUCCCGUACCAAAACCCGAAUAUGUUGAUCGACCAGAAGCAAUUCGAGCAAAAGCUGAAGGAGACCGCCAUGAUGCCGGAUGAGAAUUUGGUCAGCACUAUCAUUGGCAAGAAAGUCAAUUAUGACGACCACAGCCGUGUCUUCGAAGAAAACGGCAAGCAGAAAGGGCGGAGGAAUAGUUUACCCGGGAAACUUGAUCUGCGGAGUUAUGAGACGCUUCAGGACUUGAAUUGGUGGUAUAUGCGGCAUGACGCUUUUCAAAGCAUCGUGAGUGGGAAUCCAUUGAUUAUGGAUUACCGUAAAUGGUCAGACUGCCCUCCUCGAGCGCCAUUCGGUCGCUCUGAAGCUCUGUAUGGAUCUCACGAUCACCUUAUACUUCUCAUUGGUCGAAUAGCAGAUUUCACGGUUCGAGAUCGCGAAAGGAAGCUCAGACAGGUGGAAGCAAAUGGCGGACAAUGGAAACCCACGCCGGGUAUGCCUGGAAUGCCUAUGGGACCACCUCCGCAGGCCAAAGGCCAGCAGCACCCUCCUUCUACUCCUACAACCCCUAUGACACCGAUGACGCCGAUGGGUCCUGCCCCACAUAUGCAAGGAAUGGGACCUCCUCCCGGAUGGGUUGGUCCUCCACCUCCUGGCUGGCCUGGCGUUCCUCCACAAAUGUCGCCGACAGGUGGUCCGCCUCGAGCAUCCGGAAUGAUGCCUCCGCCUCCAUCGCCAGGCUUCAUGCCUCCACAACACCCUGGACAACCACAUAUGCAAGACCAAGCUCCAAUGCCUCCACAAGCUCAAGGGCCUCCUCAAAUACCUCAGCCACCUCGCGGCCCUCCACCAGGCGCAAUGCCUACCUUCUACGGCAUGGCGCCAUCACGACCUCCAAUUUCUCUCCCAACUAGCUACGCCAACCCAGAUCCAAACUGGCAUGACUCCCCCAAACCCCCUCACACACCACACCCGAAAUUCGCAGACCUACCCUCCGCCUACGACGCCGCACUUAACGACUGGACAUCGAUCCUACACGCCCACACCGCACUCUCUCAAAUCCUAUCUUCAACCGCCCCCUUCGACCCCCUGCCUUCAGACCUCAACUUCACAGCCUUCGCGCCAGGCGGACCCACCACCCCCUUCGGCCCUGCGCUCGUCUAUCGGAGCUACGACAUCUCCAUCCUCUGGACCCUGCUACACCUCUCACACAUCCUCCUCCUACGGUCCCACCCUGCAAUGCCACCAGCCGCCAUGGCCGCGGCUAGCAUCUGCGCGCCCGCAACAGCGCCGUACGCCAACCUCGUCGGCCGCAUCGCCGCAGGGCUACAGAUGCCGAUGACGGAGUCCACGCCGCUGAAUCCGAAUCUCGGCGCUGCCAUGAUCGAAUCCACCAUGAGUUUAUUUUUUGCGGGGAUACAGUAUCAGGAUCCCAAGCAGCGAGAGUGGUUGGUGGGCAGGUUGUUGGAUAUUGAUCGCAGGACGGGGUGGGCGAGUGCUGGCGUGAUUGCUAGGAGUUGUGAGACUAGUUGGGAGAAGGCAGCGGAGUUGGGGAGGGGGCCGAGUUAUGAGAGGAGGAGGACUAGAAGGUUUGGGGAGGUGGGGCCGUUGGUUUUGGAUCCGGAUCAAAAUCAGGAUGAGAGGGGUGGGAGUAGGGGUGGAGAAAUGGGCGAGAGAGUGAGCGAGAGGAGGGGGGGUGUGUUUGAGGGCGAUGAGAAAAGGUUUGUUGUUAGACAUCCGAAGGGGUAUACACCUUGGGCUAUGAAUCUUUUGGGUACGGAUGAGGAUUUGAGGGUCGGCAUGGAGAAGGUAGAGAUAGGGGCUGGGGUGGAGAGAUGAAAGGAGUCUGGCUGCCACUGGUAUUGAAGUUGGAUAAACUUGAGCGGAAGGUGUUUGCGGAGAAGUAUACGAGGAAUAUCGGGAAAAUGAACGACAAUCGGAACGAACCACGAGGAAUAACGGAAUACGGAAGGGAAUAUUUGGAUCUCUUUCAAAAGGAUGGCCAAGACGGAUCGAUG